AUGGAAUAUCAGACCCCUGAUGAGGAAGGCAACACACAGGCUCCACUUGCCAUGUUGGCUGAGAAGGCUAAUGGCGAGAUACAACUUGACCAAGACAAAAAGAAUGAGUACUACAAGAAAAUGACGGAAGAGCUGAAGCAGGUGGACAAGGAAGACAAGCUUCUAGAGCGGCAACGGCUUAGGGAGAAAUGGAUAAAGAAAAAGAUGGAAGUUGAAGAAGGGCACAGGGAAGAUGAGGAUGGAGAUGAAGACGAGGAUGAUAUUUCUGGUUCAGAAGGAGAACCAGAUGCAAACAAUAAACGGAAAAGGUCCAAAAUAUACUUCUACAGUGAUAGUGAUGGCGAAAUCGAAGAAAAUAAGGAUUCUGCGGGCGUCAAGGCUCUCAAGUUAUUGAACUCGAUGCACUCGUAA